UGGGCUGCGGCCGCUCCGGCGGCCGGGUUCCUCCUGGAGAACACCCCGGUGGGCGGGAGCGGGGCUGUGGGGCGUUAUCGCCUCUGUCCCUCCAGGCAGCUCCGCCAGGCCCAUGGGGCAGCCCGCGCGGCUCUGGGGUGCCUGGCCGAGGAUGACCUGAACCUGCUGGUUAUCGUCGUUGACACCAACCCGAUCUGGUGGGGAAAGAAGGCGCAGGGAGAAGCUGAGCAGUUCACCCUAUCCAAGUGCAUUGAUGCAACAAUGGUACUGGGAAACUCGCAUUUGUUUAUGAACCGCACCAACAGACUGGCUGUAAUAGCAAGUCACACGCAGGAAAGCCGUUUCUUGUAUCCUGGGAAGCGCUGGACUUUUGCAGAUCUCUUUGGCGAUGGUGGUGCUUCCAUGGAAUAUAACUGCUCUGGCAGUAAGGACGGGAAAUAUGAAUUGUUAACUGCAAUAAAUGAUGCAAUUGCAGAAGAGAUCAAAGACCUCAUGACAAAAACUGAGAUGAGGGGUGAGCAAACAGAAACUCUGUUAGCAGGAUCACUUGCCAAAGCACUUUGUUACAUCAACAAGAUGAGUAAAGAAUUAAAAGCCAAUCAAGAAAUGAAAUCAAGGAUUUUGGUCAUAAAAGCAGCAGAAGACAGUGCAUUGCAGUAUAUGAAUUUCAUGAAUGUGAUCUUUGCAGCACAGAAACAGAGUGUUCUGAUUGAUGCCUGUGUCUUGGACUCUGAUUCAGGUCUUCUACAACAGGCUUGUGACAUUACAGGUGGCAUAUAUUUGAAAGUGCCACACAUGCCAUCCCUUCUGCAGUAUUUGUUGUGGGUUUUUCUCCCUGAUCAAGACCUAAGAUCACAGCUUGUCCUUCCACCCCCUGUUCAUGUCGACUACAGAGCUGCAUGCUUCUGUCAUCGAAAUCUCAUUGAAAUUGGUUACGUGUGCUCCGUGUGCUUGUCAAUAUUCUGCAACUUCAGUCCAAUUUGCAGUACAUGCGAGACUGCUUUCAAGAUAUCCUUACCACCUGUCAUGAAAGCUAAGAAGAAGAAAUUAAAAUUAGCUUCCUAACAGCAUUAUGUAAACGAAUCAUAAACUCCUCCAGUAAUUCCAUGAAAUGGAACAUACCUGAGAAAUUGAUGGCACUUUUGAUGGGAUAGGAAAAAGAAGUGUAUUAAGUGUUAUUACUUGUUUCUUAAAGGAUUAAUAUUUAAAUCUCAUGCCUUCUACACAGCCCUUUAAGUAGAGGAUUACUCUAUUGCCAUUUAACCUGUGCUGUUAUGAGUUCUAAUUUGUAAUUGUGAAAGGAAGCAGAAGUUACAGCUUGUUGAGAGAUACAACCCUGUGAAGUAGAAGGUAUUCUGGACACUGCCAAGUUUCACACCUCCAAGUUAUUUUCAAAGAUAAGGGAGCUCUGAUUCUUUUUCUGUGCUGGUGUACAGGUAAGAAUCACCAUUUCUAGUGCAUAGGAUCAGAACCUUAGCACAGGGACUUCUUUCUUGCUCUCACUAGCUAUUUUUGGACCAAAACUGCAUCAGUUUCAGAAUGAGUAAGCCAGCAGCUUCAGGAUGGGGCUAGAAUCCCCUCCCCCCUUUUUUUUUUUCUCAACUGGAUACCUCUUCAUUAAUGAUUUUUUUGGUGGCAGAACAUGAAAAUAUGCUGCAUACUUCUGAGCAUGGCUGUAAGUGAAACAGACAAAUACUUUCCUCUCUCUGAAAACUUACUGUAUAGUUUGUUUUGACUUGGUGCUAGUAAUGGAUACGUUCCUGAAAGGAAUACAGAGCAAUUGUUAGCUACAUAAAGUAACUUUUUUUCCCCUGAAAUUGUAUAUAGGAAUUUAUGCCAUGUCCUCAUACUUGGGUCAGGUUUUUGUCCACGUAAGAACUGUAGUGCCAGUCUUUUGCUGGCUUGUUUGUCAGAAGCCAUCGUGCUUGAAGGCUGUAUUUAUAAUUUCCUUUGUUUGAAACGUUUGUAAUAAAAUCUGUUCUUUUGCAAA